ACCCUGACUCCCCAUUUCCCUCUUUCCUAUUGUUUUGUAUGUUAUUUUCAUGUGUCAGGUCAUCUCAACAAAGAAAGCCAAACCUCCCAGCAGUAAAAACCUGCAACGCGAACCCCCAUUGCCUCGAACCUCCCAGAAGCAGGGACACAAGCCCAGGUGAAGACAAGCCCGUCUCAGCUCAUACCCACAGCUCCCCGGAGGGUGUGCUCUCGCUCGCGGUCACAAGUAACAAGCUUGGAUUUGGUCAGCCUCGGGUGUGUUCCUGACGGUCUUUGGGCUGGGGGGGCACUGGUGUCCCUAAGGGCACCUCGGAGGUCUGCGAGCCCUGGAGUGACAUUAAGCAGUGUAGUGACUCAACGACCGAAGACGUUGGCUCGUCCUGCGUGGGGAGUGCUGAGAAGCAGACAAGCAGGAAAAUUCUGGAAAAUGAUAAUAAUGAACAUACUGCCUCCAAUCCUCACUGCUGCUUUCUGAAGCCCCAUUUUCCAGAUGGCAAAACUGAGGCUUCGAGAAGUCAAGUCACUUGCCUAGCUCUCUUGAGUUCUCCGGAGGCAGGAUCCUCUGGCCUCACUCCCGUUCUUCUUCCCAGCUGCCCUCAGAGUGGCUGGGGACCAUUGUGACAACGCUGAGUGAGGGAAGCUCUUUGGUCACAAUGGGCAGAACUGGACCACGCGGGGACACAGCCUCGGAAGGAACAUGUGAGCAUCUUCUGGGAGACCGGGGACACAGGGAGUCCAGAGGGUCAGGCCGGUGGCCAAGGGCAUUUCCUAGGACUCAUUCGUCCCCAUGCCACCCCUUGAGGUGGCGCCUUGUCCCCCGAUGGCGAUGGCCGCGGUCGCCCUCCUGCCAUGCCCGAUGUCCCGGCUGGACUUCCUCAAGGCCUCGCACUUUGCACUAGGGCCGGAUCCGCGGCUGCACGUGGACGCCAUGCAACCCACGUCGCACCGGGACUUCCCGGCCUACCCGGGCGUCACCCGCGCGCUGUCGUGCCAGGAGCCGCCGGUCAGGUCCUUCUUCCGACAGGACACGCGCGCCGCAGGCGCGGAGCUCCAGUCGGAGGCGCACCGCGCGUUCGCGCCCCCGGCGCCGCAGCCGUCCGCGCCGUCGGGGACGCGGGAGCGCACCCUCGCCACGCCGGCCACCAACUUGCGCGUGUACGCGCCCGCGCGCUCCCGUACCGGCCUCUCCACCGCGCGCGCGGACUUUGGCUGGCCGGAGCUGCCGGCGCGCGCCAGAGAGCAGAUCCGCGGCGCGCGCCUCAUCUUCGACCGCGACUCGGUGCCUCCCGGCGACCGAGCCAAGCUGCGCAUCCCGCCCACCACCUACCGGGCGCUUUUCCCGCCCCACGACGCGUGCCCGCGGUCCCGCGCGCCCUGCAGCCACUUCGGGGGCAGCAACGCACUCCAGUGGGACCACAGGAGACAGGACGAUGGGACCUCCUACCAGAGACAGUUUCAGGCCCUGCCAGGCCCACCUGCCUCGAUGUGCCUCCUCCAGUGUGGAGCUGGGAGACUCCAAGAUUGGCUAUGGGCCCGUGUGCUCCGAGCAGAAACAAGCCUACGGGCCCCAGGGUCUGCCCCCAGACAGGCCCAGGCCUCGGCCCACAUCCACUAUGUGAAUAUUCGUCCUGGAGAUGGGCUCUUCCGUGACAGGACCACCGAGGCUGAACACUUCUACCCCCGAGAGCCAGAACGUUUUGUUCUUCACCACGACCAGACUCCGGCAUCGCACAUCCUGGAAGGAAAUCGGUGCCCCGGCCCGGGCAGCCUCACCACCUCCGUGCACUUCUUCCACGGCCAGCCACUGCCCGUGAACAAGCCACCCAGCUGCCACGUGCCUCACGAGAAACUGCAGAGUCACGUGGGCCUAGGGGAGUCCUCGCUGCUCGGACAGUUCUUCCAGACCUCCACUGGCACAGACUACUGCUCCCCGGGCACCAUCCAGAAGCCGCAGAGAGCGCCCACUCUCCACUUGCUGCGUAGCAACCUGCCCCAGGGCACCGGCGAAACAGAUUUUUUAACCAUGAACCAGAAGAUGCUGAAGCCGCAUAGAACAGCUCCCGCCUCCGUGACUGAGGAGAUGCUACAGCGGUGCAAGUAUAACCACAUUGAGCCCCCGCUGGGUGGACAGCGCUUCUUCUCAACCCAAUACGAGGAUGAGUUUGCCUUCAAGUUCCAGGGCCCAGCGGUGCUGAGAUCGGCCAACCUCCAGGACAGCCAUGUGCCUCUGGGCUCCCCCCACCAGUGGGUCUGUGGGGCUGGGAAGGUAGACCCUCAGACCCCCCAGCCCCCUACUUAUCCAUGCCCUAGCCAGCAAUAAACACUGCCUUGGCAACA